ACAGGUGUAGCCUUGGCUAAUUUCGCAUCGCCAUGCCCGCUGUGAAUAAGUGAAUUGCAACUUUCACAUAAAGCCCUAGAAAAUGCUGAACCAUGUGCAGACUGCUGCAUAAACCCUAGAGAAUUCUUCUACACAGCUGGUGGCAAUGUCUGCUUUUCAGACUGUCUCUAGGUUAUUUUCUCGCUUCCCAUAUGUCGCUCACAAACUCAACAGCAAAUCAAUCGGCCCGGCGACCUGUUCACUGAAAACAAAUUCUCAGUCUCUCCUUCCUCCUUCUGCAAAGCGCUUGUAUCAGAUUUCAAGAUUACCUGUCGAGCUGAGCUGCAUGCUCUCGAUGAUGCCUUUGCACAGCGCGAUUGCUUCUGCUCGUCUCAGAUCGUUCCUUUCGGUGGAGUCUCAGAGCUGGAGUUUGAUUACUCAAGGUCAAAUUGAAAAUCAUAAUAAUGCAUCGCAAUGCCUUUAUGACAGUAUCUUCAUCAUGGGUUGCUGUUGGAUGGCUUUUCUGUUUCACCAAAAUGUCGGAGCAAUGUUGACCUACAUGUAGGUGGAACUGGAAGAGCUCGAGGAACAUCAAAGUUUUUUCUUUUUAGUUUUUUCAAACUGGCAACUUCCCAAACAACUGUUAAACUGAUCCUUAAAAUUGUAAUUUCUUUUUUUCAAAACUUUUCUCUCCAGAUAAUGUGCAAAAUUUCCAGGUUGAGCAAGAUCAAAGCAGUCGGUGAGCAAGUCUUGUAGGAAACAAGCUUCUUGUUAACUAACUUGGAUUUUUCAUUCUUGUAUUCCUUGUCUAAGCUAGAUAUUCACGAAAAGAGGAUAAAGAUGGUUGAGGAAUGGAUACUCUCCAUCGAAUUUUGUUAAUUUAAUGGUGUUUAUUUUUCCUCCAA